GGAAGUGGAUAUAAAAAGAAGCUGCUGCAGGCAGCAGAGCGGUCUGCUGCAGCAGCAGAAGCAGCAGCAAAAGCUUCGGAGGAAGAAGACCGCCAAAUCGCCUUUUUGGAGUUUCGAAUCAAAACCCUAGCCGACAUGUUGCGCGAACAAAUCAACCAAACGAUUGCUUACCACCAAAAGAAACAAUCCACCAACGCAGAGGAAGCUCUCGAGGAAGAUGAGCAAGACUCCAGUGACGGGGCUUCGCAACUGUUUUUGGAGACGCUCACAAGAUAUAAAAAGAAGCUGCUGCAGGCAGCAGAGCGGUCUGCUGCAGCAGCAGAAGCAGCAGCAAAAGCUUCGGAGGAAGAAGACCGCCAAAUCGCCUUUUUGGAGUUUCGAAUCAAAACCCUAGCCGACAUGUUGCGCGAACAAAUCAACCAAACGAUUGCUUACCACCAAAAGAAACAAUCCACCAACGCAGAGGAAGCUCUCGAGGAAGAUGAGCAAGACUCCAGUGACGAAGAAGAGGCGGCGGCGCCAGAGGAGGAGAGCGAGGCGGAGGAAGAGGAAGGGCCAGUUUACAACCCUUUGAAUCUUCCUCUUGGGUUUGACGGCCGCCCCAUCCCUUACUGGCUCUACAAACUCCACGGACUUGGUCAAGAAUUCAAAUGCGAAAUCUGCGGAAACUUCAGCUACUGGGGCCGCAGGGCCUUCGAGAGACACUUCGCCGAAUGGAGACACUCCUUCGGCAUGCGCUGUCUCAAAAUUCCAAACACCACUCACUUCAAGGCCUUCAAACAAGACCAGGAGUUGGAGUGCGAAGACGCCGACGGAAACGUAAUGAGCCUCAGGGCCUUCGAAGACCUCAGGAGACAGGGACUGCUUUAA